AUGCCCCAUUUUCCGGGCCCGCCGUCCCUCCACUCGCUGUGCAUCGACAAGGUGGCCAACCGUAUUGGGGACUGCGAAUCACUCGAGGGGCUCCCCGAGGACAUCGUCUGCGCGAUAUUCGUGAGGGUGCUGGAGCUGGGGAGGCUCACCCCGCGCGCGCUGCGGCUGUUCGAGAGGACGCAGCACCCGCUCAUCGUCCAGGCGAUCCGGUCGCUCAACAUCCAGACGCUGCCGGCGCCGGACUACUCGUGGGACGGGCGCUGGCUCGGACAGCGGCCCCCGCCGUAG